AUGAAGCUUGUUGUGACGCUGCCGGCGGACGUCUUCCGCUGCCCGAUUUGCUUCAUCAACAAAGCGGCCGGGAGAGCUACCUUUGGCGAGUACAAGGAUCAUUCUAACCUUCUCCGCCACUACCGGAAGCUGCACGACCCGAGGACGACUCCUGUCUUCGAGUGCGGCCACUGCGGCCGCCGAGAUGCGCGGCUGAAGAAGCUGCGUGCACAUCUGCGGAUCUGCAAUGCAGUAUCUGCCACCCCUGGCCACCCCGGCCAGGGAAGGUUGAGUAUGGGACACGAUGCCGUGUCUGGCGCUCUGGGGCACUCAGAGAAGUCAGCCGGCGGGAGGUCACAGGCGGGGGCCCCCGAAGCUAGUAGGACAGACCGGCUGUGCUUAGAGUUAACUUACGCGGCGGUCCUGACCCGCAGCAGCGUGGUGGGCUCACAGGCCGCCCUGCCCUCGCCUUGUGUGAAUGUGCAGACGACUGCGACGCCCAGGACGGUGGCGGUUGCUGCCCCCGCGUCGUGCGAACCGUGUGUGCGCACGCCGAGGAGGUCUGGCAUCCCCCUGCCGAUACGCUCUGCGACGUCGGCCGUGUCGCCACGCGUGCCGAGCGCAAGUUCGGGAGGUGUAGGCAGCCUGCUGCCGACGCCUGCCGCCGAACGCGUCGCUCCGGCCAGCGGGGCGGAAUCCGGUAAAAGCGGCGGCUUGCCGUCGCCUGCGCCGGCCUCUGCUCCCAGUGGUGUACGCUGGCCACGUCGCCCCGCUGUGGCAGGCACCUCCCGCCCGCCACCUGUCGAGAGCAUGGGUGCCGGCCUGGGACUGCCGCGCGCGUUCGCUACGCCGCUGAUAGGUGGCCCUGCGAGACGGGCGGACAGUGGCAGGCAGGCUGCCUCGCUCGCCGCGACCGAAAGUGCGAUCAUUCACGGCGCCUCCGCGCCGCUGAAUGAUACACCAAAGGCCGCGAGCAAGCCAGGUGGACCGGACGGUGGGACGCUUGUGCGGUCACAGACGUUCACGCGUAUCCCUGCUGCCCUGCCGCUCCGUUUCCGCUCAGGCAGGGAAUGUCAAUAA